UGAAAAUCACCAGAGACCAUGAAAAUGCUUCGAAAAGUAAGGGACAAGCAGACCGUGACGGACGCACAGAGAUCCUUUUGCUCUGAGCCUUGUUGAGAGGAGGAGAACGGAACCAGCGGCGGCGGUGGAAGCAACAGCGAGGAGAAAGGAAGGAGGAGCCAUGGCUUCUCUUCUACACGUGGAGGUGGACGAGACCGUCUUUCUUCGAGUGACCCACUCCAACCUCUCUCAUUUCGCAGCCGACGUCCGCUUCUCCCUGCAGAGCACCAUCGAAUCCGUCAAGGAGAAGCUUUGGAGGAAGACCGGCACUUCCGUUGACUCCAUGUCCCUCCAACUCUACGACGACGCCGGCCAGAAAGUCUGCGACCUUUCUGACAAUCAGAGGCCCCUUGGUUUCUACUCUCCCCGUGAUGGGUAUAGGUUGCAUAUCAUAGACCUUGACCCUUCUUCAGUGACAGCUGGAGGCUGGUUGGAGGAUACUUCAGCGGUGGAAAAAUACACAAUUUCGGAAGAAGCUUAUGACAAACUCGGCUUUACUUUUAGAAAAUUUAAGGAGAAAAUGGCACCACAAAUGUCCACAGCCAAUGAAGACAAUGUAAAGGAUGACUAUGAGGACCUUGCUGUGGCUAUCAAGGUAGGAGACAGAUGUCAAGUUGAGCCUGGGGAGAAAAGAGGUGUUGUGAAAUUUGUUGGCAGGGCUGAAACACUUCCACCUGGCUUUUGGAUUGGCGUGCAAUAUGACGAGCCACUUGGGAAGCAUGAUGGCAUUGUCAAAGGGAAGCGAUACUUCGAUUGUCCUCCACUUCAUGGUGCAAUGGUUAGGCCCGAUAAAGUCAAGGUUGGUGAUUAUCCUGAACGGGAUCCAUUUGAAGAAGAUGAAAUUUGAAAGGUCAAGAUGAAUUAGAGUUUGCACAUUAUCACCUACUCUUCUCCAUGAAUGUUAAGUGCUGAUAUUAUUUGACUUCUAGUUGGCAUUUGACGUAUCUUCCCAAAUGGUGUUAAAUAUUUUUAAGCAUUUCUGCAAAGCCCAUCACAUGCUGGUUUGUGUGCGCUAUGUUGCUGUAGCUGGCAUUAUUAUGAUAUGGUAUUGCUAUGCACAGUUGCACACGUGUCCAACUGUAACCAAUGUUCUGAAUCCAAAGCCUUUGGUUGAGGCCUUCUGCACUC